AUGUCUUCAGACGGAACGCAGGGACCCGUGCUUGUCAGCGGCAUCAAGGCGGACAACCCAGUGCGCGACAUGAUCAAGGACCAGCCUGAUCAGUGGAACCUGUACCUCUUAGGCCUGGAGAGAUUCCAAAAUUCGGUCAAGGAGGAGGAGCCUCUUUCUUUCUUUGAGAUUGCUGGCAACUCGAUUCUCUUUCUUACUUGGCACCGCCCAUAUCUUGCUCUCUUCGAGGCCGAGCUAUACAAGCAUGUCAAUGCGGUUGCCAAUGAGUUCGAGGAGAGCGAGCGCAGAAGCGACUAUGUGAAGGCAGCUAAAGAUUUCAGAAUUCCCUACUGGGACUGGGCUCGACCUGACCUUGGAGUAUUUCCAGCAGAGGCUACAUCCCAAGCUAGGGUCCAGGUCAAGCGUCCCCAUAAUAACCAGCAGGAUUCUCGUAUCGACCCAAACCCACUGGCAACCUACAAGUUCCGAGAGUCACGCUCAAAUACGAGCAUCAACGUGUUUCCGAGGGUCGGGGGCACCAUCCGCUACCCAGACCAGCCCAACAACAACAGGAUGAUACAGAGACUGACACAGUUCUUUUCCGGAACCGAUCCUCAGCAGGCGUCAAGGGGCAAGAAUCUGACGGAGCGUGUUAUUUUCAUUCUCCAGUCAUACCGUGACUUUGGAUCUGCGUCUCACAACCGAUUCAACCCCCCGAGACAGCCAGGGCAGCCCAACUUUGCGGAAUGGGGCAGCAUCGAGGACAUUCAUAACGCUAUCCACACCUAUUCUGGAGGCAGUGGGCACAUGGGAAACCCAGCGAUUGCCGCAUUCGACCCCAUCUUCUGGCUCCAUCACGCCAAUGUCGACCGUCUGUUCGCUAUCUGGCAAGCUUGCCACGACAAUCCUAGCGACCCAUCUACCUACGUGACUGACCAGCGCGCCGGUGAGAGCUGGGGCAACUUCAUCGUCAAAGCCGGCGACCCCGAGACCAUCAAGACCCCGCUGGCUCCAUUUGCUCAGUCUGGAACCAAGGACAACCAAGUAUUCUGGACGUCCGAGGGUGUGAGAUAUACCACUGAGUUUGGAUACGUCUAUCCAGAGACUCAGUCUUGGAAGUUUCCCACCAAAGAGGCCAUCCUCAAUGAACUUGACCGUGUGUACGGCAAGACGGCAUCCUUUGCCAACAUCGCGAGAAGUGGCAACGAAGAAUUCAAAUCCUCCACGGAAGAGUUCAAGAGUCGAGCCAAGGCGCACUUGAGAGCAGAGAACUCCCCAGUUGAUGCUGCCGCGUUCUCACUGGCUGCGGAACAGGAGGAGCAGAAGCCACUCCAGGACACCAAUGAAUCCGACGAAUUCAGUCUCCCGGAGGAUCGUGACUUGAAGAACUUGAUCGGGCCCGACAACAAGUAUCUUGAAUGGCUCUUCAACAUCAAGGCCGAAAAGGCCGAACUUGGAGGCAACUACGUCGUCCACGUAUUCUUGGGCAACCCCGACGACUCAGUCCCCCUGCUGUAUGUGACAAACCACUCGCAUGUCGGCGCCUUUGCCACCUUCGGCCAAGACGAGACCACCGCAUGUAAGAACUGUCAGCAGGGCCGUGCUUCAGGCCAGAAAAUCACCGGCCAGGUCCCUCUCACGCUCGCUCUCGUCGAGCGAUACGUUGCCGGCCUGAUCGAUAGUCUCGAGCCGCAACACGUCAUCCCAUAUCUGCAGAAGCACCUUCAUUGGCGUGUCACGUUGCCCAACGGUGAUCUCCAGGCCAGGAGCAACCUGAACAAUCUCUUGGUCAGCGUCGUUACGAAUGAGGUGACCAUUCCCAGCAACCCAACGGAACUUCCACGAUACGCCGAUGCGGUGAUUCCUCAGCCAGAGGUUACUACUAAUCGUGCUGGAAGUGGCCGCGGUGAUGGAACUGGGUACGAUGGUACCAACUUCUAG